CACGAUGGCGUACCCCGGGCACCCUGGCGCCGGCGGCGGGUACUACCCGGGCGUGUAUGGAGGGGCUCCCGGAGGACCUGCGUUUCCCGGACAAACUCAGGAUCCGCUGUAUGGUUACUUUGCUGCUGUAGCUGGACAGGAUGGGCAGAUAGAUGCUGAUGAAUUGCAGAGAUGUCUGACACAGUCGGGCAUUGCUGGAGGAUACAAACCUUUUAACCUGGAGACUUGUCGGCUUAUGGUUUCAAUGCUGGAUAGAGACAUGUCAGGAACAAUGGGUUUCAAUGAAUUUAAAGAACUCUGGGCUGUACUGAAUGGCUGGAGACAACACUUCAUCAAUUUUGACAGUGAUAGAAGUGGAACAGUGGAUCCUCAAGAAUUGCAGAAGGCCCUGACAACAGUGGGAUUUAGAUUGAGUCCCCAGGCUGUGAAUUCAAUUGCUAAGUGGUACAGUACCAAUGGAAAGAUCAUCUUAGAUGAUUACAUUGCCUGCUGCAUCAAACUGAGGGCGCUCACAGACAGCUUUCGAAGACGGCAUACUGCUCAGCAAGGUGUUGUGAAUUUCCCAUAUGAUGAUCUCAUUCAGUGUGUCAUGAGUGUUUAAAUCGACAGGAAACUGUAUGAACAUGUUUGACAUUCCGUCUUGGGGUUCUCCUUUGCUCCUCCUCGUUGCCUUCAGUAAUGUGUGUAAGCUUACAUCGCCACUUUUCCUUACCUGCUUGUUGUAAAGGUUUAUUACUUUAGGUGCAACUGGAGUUUUGUUUUUAGUUUUGAUAAUAAAUUCUUUGGACUUUUAAUAAUGUAAG